CAUCCCCGCUCCUCCGUCCCAUGUCGCGGCCCUCGACUGCCGAGCGCAGCUACCCGCCGCGCUCGAUGAGCACAGGCGCCGCCUCGGCGCACAUGCGCUCGUCCCUUGCUGCUGCGGCGGCACGCCCCUCGCCCGACCGUGCCGGCAGCUCGGGCGACGGCGGCAGCUCGACGCGUGCCGCCGAGGCUCAGGCGGCCGCAAAGGCGGCCAGCCGCAAUGCCGAGACGACGAUCAACCGUGUCACGUACAAGAAUUCGACGAUCAAGGCGCUCAUCGACCCGACACUGCCCGUCGCCGAUGUCAUCCGGCAGCUGUGUGCCAAUGCGCAUCUCGGCGUGCAGGAGCCGCCGGCACUCUUUGCGCUGCGUGAUGAGGAGGAUGAGGAGCUGGUGGACGAUGCGAACAUGGCGCGCAAGAUCGCGGCGGGCCGCAACUUUAAACUCGGCUCGUCACCGACAAUCGAGGCAGUCGAGAUGGUCGAGCGCCUCAUGUCGCGCGACGAGCGAGCGCUCAAGCUCUCGACGUACAACCUGCAGCGGCUCAUCCGCGAGUCGCAGUUCCGCAACGAGUUCCUGCGGCGUGGCGGGCUCGACGAGCUGGUGGACAUCACUUUGACGCUCAACGGCGGCAACACGCUGGCGUAUGCGCUCACGAGCACGCAGAAUCUGAUGGAGAGCACAGCGGAUGGCUGGGACGGCAUCAAGGAUGGCUUCGUCGGCAAGGUCGUCAACAUCUUGGCGACGCAGGAGCGCAUCAAUGUGUGCCGCCCAGCCACGGCUAUUCUGAAGAAGCUCGUCCUCUCCGGCCCUGCUGAAGCAGACGGCGCCGAGCAGGGGCGCAUUAUCGGCGACGGCGAGGCGAGCGGAUCAGCCGCCGCCGCCAGGACCGCGCCGCAUGCCUACCGCUUCGGCUUUGAGGCGGUGUAUCACGAGAUUGAGAAGGAGCCGGCGUUCCUCUCGACUCUGCUGCAGCGGCUAGGGAGUCCGGACACGACGCUGUGUCUGUACAGUCUGAGCCUCAUCAACACCCUCCUGAGGCAUGUCACCGACAAUCUCUUCGACGUGUUCACUGCCGAGCUGGAGCGGCUCGGCGUCUCGAAGGCCGUCGCGCGCUUGAUGGACUCGACCCGCGGCGAGGAGCUCUCGUCGACGAUCAUCGAGUACCAGAACAACGUGAUCCGCGUGGCUCAUCGCCGGCUGCGCACGCCUGUGACGCCCACGAACCAGCGACAUGCUGCUGCGCUGUCAUACAUCUGGCUGCAAGCGCGCGUCACAGAGACCGUUGCGACGGAGAAGGACCCGGACGGCAACCACUCGCUGCCGGCCACGCCGGGCAGCGUCGGCGCUCGCUUCAAGUGGCGACGCCUCGGCUUUGAGAACGAGAACGUUACGAAGGAGUUCACACGCAUGGGCUGGCUCGGCCUCGCGUGUUGCGAGGCCUUUGUGCGGUCAGACCCGGACGCCUACGCCAAGAUCAUCCUUGAGCAGAUGAACCGACCAGCGGCGCGUCGCUGCCCGUGGGGCCUCGCUUCGCUCGAGGUCGUCGACAUUCUGGCGACGCACUACGACGUCGACUCGGGCUACACGACCUCGACGGCCUUUCUGCCGUUCAUCCUCUUCUUCUCCAAGGUGCACGCGCUCGCGCUGCACUUCUUCCUGCGCAUGUGGAGCGAGUCCGGCGCCUCGCGCUCCGACUUUGCGCGCGUCAGCGCCCUGGUGCGCAGCCAGGUCAAGGAGGCGCUCAAGGACGAGGUGAACAAGACGUGGUUCGACCUCGAGCGCCACUUUGCCGACUCGGAGUACCGCACGGUGCGCGACCGGCAGAUGCGCGAGCUGGAAGUCGACGACGACUUUGCCAACAAGGCCAGCAUCCGCAACCUGCGCGGCCGCCUGUAUCGCGAGAGCUACGAGUUCGUCAGACAGCAGCGCAUCCAGUGCCUCCUCGAGGGCGCCUGGUUCCUCACACCGCAAUCGUCGGCCGCGCGCGCCGCCGAGCCGGCUCCCAGCGCGGGCGGCGGAGGUCGAGCCUCGCGUGCCGGCUCUGCGCAGCCGCCGUCGGCUGUGCCAGCAAGCACCAAGCCGUGGCGCUUCUACCGCCUCAGUCCAAACAAGAAGUACCUGCACUAUUGCGAGGCGACGGAGCGCAGCGCGAUCCGCAGCGGCCUCGACGACCUGCCGGAGCGCAUCGACCUGGCGCUCGUGGCCGACGUGUCGCUGCAGCCGCCGGGCGGCAGUGGUGCCGCCAUCGCCGCAGCCGCAGCUGCCGCCGGCGUCGCGGCUGGCGCAAACCUGGCGUUCAGCCUGCUGCGGGCGCCCGACGUGAGCCUGGCGGACCUCGUGGCGCUCAACACGAGCCAGUUCAGCGAGUGGACCGACGGCCUGGGCAUGCUGCGCGGCGAGGGAGGCGUCGUGAGCACCAAGGAGACGGCCGACUACAUCCAGAUCCUCACCGACAUUGGCAUGAAGGUCAAGCUGCUGGACCUGACCGGCGAGCGGAUCGAGGUGCCCACGUCGCUGCCGCCGGCGCCGCUGCCCGUGUCGACGGCCUUCUUCUUUGCGGACCUCUGACUGUUGUCGCCGUGGCAGCCUAUCCAUACCCUCGUCACUGCCUGC